GGAACAACUAGGAAUAUCCUGCCGCUAUUGGUCGAGGUACGGCCUUUUGCAGGCGAAUCAGGAUGAGUUGGAAACGCUGUUGUAUUACUCAUUAUUUUCUUUUCUGCCGCAAGGGAACUAGCGGGGUAAGAUUUCUCAUUCCUCUCUUCUGGUCAUUUCGUUCCUCAUAGGAACUUUCGUUCCACAACGCGCCAGGGGCUCUAUGAUCUGAGAUUGAGUCCUUCAGUAACCUUGAUGUGCCAUGGACAACAGCCAUGUAUCGCCUGCGGUUGCCCCGAAUGGAUUAUGCGCCUAUUGCCAGAAAGUCGCUCUGGCAGUCAGACACAAGACGUUUGGCGGUGCCUAUUCCCUCGGAACCUUCCAGCGAGUCCAGACAAGCGAUUGUCCGCUCUGUCGAAUUGUGUUGUUUUGCUUGUACGAGUACGCACGAAAUGGAAAUACCUGGUCCAGGCCCGACGCCGACAAGGAAGUGGAGCUACAAUGGACCUCCGACACUCCGUUUCGGAGUCCGGGCUUUUUUUAUGUUACCCCUUACCGCGACGUGAGGAUUGGGUUCCUAGUCGACCCUCACAGUGAUGUCGAAUCUCGGAACAAAUACAUACAUUACCUAACUCCCAAUCUUGGGAAAGCCUUGGAUCUGCAACGGGUUAGGAAAUGGGUUGGUCACUGCGAACAGAAUCAUGGCCGGGAAUGUGGGAGCAACAGCGUGGAUAGUGAUACCGAGGUUGCGGAUUGCUAUCCUGGACUGGGUUUGAUGCGGUUUGUUGAUGUUGAGAAGAUGUGCAUAGUUGAGAAGCAGAAGGUCUGCCGUUACGUGGCUUUGAGCUACGUCUGGGGCCAGGCAGCGUGUGUGCGACUCAGCACAACGAACAAGGCGGUUUUGACGAAGCCGGAAGCACUAACGCAGUACGCUCCUAGUAUCGCUCUUACGGUUCGCGAUGCCACAGCCUUCGUUCGAGGAAUAGGCGAACGCUAUCUCUGGGUUGAUUCCCUGUGUCUCGUCCAGAACGACCCAGACGAUGUGCGCCGGGGAGUCCAGGCCAUGGACUUAAUCUACGAGAAGGCCCUACUCACCGUUGUCGCUGCGUGCGGUCACGAUGCAGAUGCCGGUCUUCCAGGCGUUAAGGAAGGGACUCGGUUCAUGUCUAGGCCCUCCGAAGAGAUACUUCCUGGCGUGAAGUUGGAUGCCUAUCCUGUGCUCGAGCUGCUGCUUAAGAACUCAGUCUAUAGCACCCGGGCAUGGACGUUUCAAGAGAACAUACUCUCACGAAGAUGUGUAUAUUUCGUGGACAACAAUGUCUUCUUCCGCUGCCGCAAGACUACGCUGAAUGAGCGCUUCCACUCUAGCCUCGACGAAGAGAGGAUGUGGAGUGUCGACCUCGCUUCCAUGCUCCCUGGUGCAGUGCGCAUGGAGAGUUCUGUUGAGGACUACUCGACCAUGCUCCUCUACUACUCCCGCCGGGCGCUGACCUACCAAGGCGAUGUGCUCAACGCAAUGGCCGGCAUCAUGCGUCGCGUGUCACACAAGAUGAAGUGUCGCUUCUUGGAAGGGCUUCCUACCGCAUCGCUGGAUCUAUUCCUACUCUUUCGUUCGCACCGGUCAAUGCUGCGCCGCAGGGAAGGCUUCCCCAGCUACUCCUGGGCCGGCUGGCAGGGCCCCGUCAUGGUCGUUGACCUACCAGGCGACGAGAACAAAUGGCUCCAUGACCACACCUGGAUCGUGUGGUACAAGCGCAGCCCGCGCGGGGUUGCCAAUCUCGUCUGGGACCCGCUGGCAAACGACAGCUUUCCGUUCCACGAUGACAACUACAUCGGCUACCGCGAGCCGAGGCGGCCAUUCACGCCUCCGGUGGCCCUGCCCUUUGCCACGACCAGAACCCAAGCCCACGGGACCGUUGAGGUGACUGCCCUGAGAAGCUAUCCCAUCCUGCAGUUCUGGACGCUCGCCGUGUUCUUUCACCUCGAAAUUAUGGAUCCUAUCCGCGGCAUGGCGAUGGUCAGGGAUCGGGGCGGAACGGCCUGUGGGGCGUUGUACCUCGACGGUCUGGAGGGGAGUACCUUCUUUCAUGGGCAUGGUCCGUUUGAGAUGAUUGCUGUAUCCGAGACGGUGAAGGAACCUUGGGUCUUUUACGACAAGUGGCUGGAAGGGGCUCUAGCGUGGGAGGCGCCGGAUGAGUUCUAUCACGUGCUAGUGUUGGAGUGGAGUGGAGGACUAGCCGAGCGGCGGGCGGUCGGGCUGGUGCUGAGGAGUGCGAUUACGAGGAGCUGUGACCCGGGACCGGUGUGGAAGGAGGUUCUGCUGGCUUGAGGUGCUUAGGUGAGGGCCUGAUGAGGACGCCACCAAAGACUAGUGACUGUUACUACUAGUAGUACUAGUACUUGGCGUAACUUCUUAAGAUAGGUUAUAACGUCAAGUUAGGUCGAUACGCUCUAUAGGUAACUAAACGGAACAAUAGAAAGUUGGGAAAGCAGAGCCGACUUGGAAACAAAAACGAGAUAAACGAACAACAUAAACAGCAGACCUACCGCC